GAUAGUUGACAGCCCUGCCAAACCUCGAUUACUGGUGUUACCGAUGUUUUGAAAACACCUCUAGCCGACAGCAGACGCGCGUCUUUUUUUUGUUAGAGUGAUUUCGCAGAUUAUACGGUGUUUUAUUGAAAGAAAAGACUAAAGAUUAAUCCCCAGCUUUAAUAAGCACACGUUUUUGGACAAGCAGUUCGCACACACACAUUGCACAAAAAUGGAGCGACGCCUGAGACGCCCGCGUCGCACCGACGAACUGGCUCCCGCAGCCUCAGCCUCGGCCUCGGCAGCACCCCUCUCCACACAGCCCAGCCUGCUGCCAGUAACCCGGCGAGCGGGCUCCCUAACAGCGGCAGUUGCCUCCGCCCCUUCGGGCAUCUCCACCCGCACACGUACCUCGCCGUCGCGCAACAAAGGGCCAGCAGCUGCUCCCCCAUCUCCGGAACUAGGACCGCGCACUCGCCGCUCCAGCCGCCCCCGAUCCUCUGUGGGCCCAAUAACCGGAUCCUCGCUGCCCGUCAAGGCCCCGGCGAAGGUCCCCACACCCAUACGCGAGGUGCCCGAGAUUUCAUCGCCCGGUCGUCUGUCUGCGAGCAGUCUGCCCCUCGCCCUGACCACCAACACCAGCAGCCGGGCCCCGAACAAGUCCCUCAACACCAGCUCGGUGAACAGUAACAACUUCAGCAGCACCACCACAACCACCAGCACCACUACCACCGAGCGCAUCGAAAUCCGCGCCGAGGGUGACAGCGAGGUGGACACGGACUCCAUUCGCAAGCGCAUCACCGAGCGCCUGAGGCGUUCUGUCUCCAAAACCAUUUCCAACUUGGCGGGAACCCCAGUCACCAACACAGAAGAGGGCAGUCGCUACAGUCGGAGUGUGUCCCGCUCUGUGUACGACGACGAGAAGUCCUCGAAGCGCAGCUACUCCACCGGCGAGGAGGAGGAGGACGAGGAUCUGGAAGAGGAGCAGUUCCGUAGCUUCAAUGCCACUAGGCAGUCGGCCACGCCGGCGGAGAUUUCGUGCCGCCAGGUGAAGGCGCCCCAGGAGUUCGGGGGCUGGUUGGGGGCCUUCCUGCUGCUGCUCCUGGUGCCCACCGCUGUGUACUAUCUCAGCUGGAGCUGCACGGCCAGAAACUCCUGUCAGUUCAAGUCGCUGAAUCCGGCCAUCUUGCUGGAUUGGAACUAUCUGUCGCGCCAAGUGUUCCAGACGCGCGUGGUUGGCGCCUUUGCUGCCUAUCAGGUUGUGGUCUUCCUGCUGGUGGCCCUGCUGCCCGGCCGAAGGGUCCACCUCACUCGCGAGACCUACAAGUUCAACUCGCUGGGAGUGGCCGUCACUUUGCUGAUUGCCGGCGGCAUAGCCGAGUAUCUGAAGUAUCCGGUGGUCACCUUCAUCCUGCGCCACUAUCUUCGUUUCUGCAUUUACGGACUGGUGGGGGCCUUCGUGGCUGCCGCCUGGAGCUACUGGCGCGUGGACACCGCCAAGUACAAUGUGCUGCGCCAGACCCUGACGAAUGACUACGGGAGAUCCGGUAGCUUUGUGGUCGACUUCGCCCUCGGCAGGCAGCUGAAUCCCAAGUGGCUGGGACGUGUCGAUUGGAAGCAGUUCUACUACCGUCUAUCCCUGGUGAGCACUCUGCUGUACGCCGCCUGCUACAUCUACCAGACGCUCGUCUGGCCGCAGAAGCCCCAGCUGACGGAGGAGGGCUACCUGCACGUGGCUCGCUACUACUGGAACAACGUGAACUACGACCCGGGCACCCUGCUCUCGGCCAGCUGCCUGGUGAUCUACGUCCUCGACGCCAUUAUUUUCGAGCACCACCUGAGCUCCUCCUUUGAACUGCAACACGAGGGCUACGGCUGCCUGCUGCUCCUCCGCUACGCAGCCACUCCCUAUCUGCUGACCGCGGUGACCAAGUACUUCUACGAGCAGCGGGUGCCCAUCUCCUGCUGGUACGCCCCCCUGGGAGUGGUUGCUCUGCUGGCCCUGGGUCUCCUGCUGAAGCGCUUCAGCUGCGCCUACAAGUACAAGUACCGCUUGAACUCGCAGAGCCCGAUCUUCGCCAACAUCGAGACGAUUCACACAUACCAGGGCAGCCGUCUGCUGUUGGCCGGCACGUGGGGAUGGGUGAGACAGCCCAACUACCUGGGCGACAUCCUGGCUCUCCUGGCCCUCGCCGCCCCCCUGGCCCUGCGUCCUGCCUGGCCGCCAUUGCUGGGCCUAAGUCUGAUCGUUAUCCUGCUGCUGCACCGCGCCACUCGAGCGAACGCCCGGAACCAGGCGCGCUACCACUCGUCGUGGCAUCGUUACAGCUCCCAGGUGCGCCACUACAUCCUGCCCCGGAUCUACUAAGGAGAUAUACCUCUUUUUUAAUCUUUUUUAUUAUUUUUGUGGCCAUUUUAUUAUUUGAAUUUGUUUAUAUCUUCUGUUCCGAAUUUUUGUAUAUAUCUAUACGUAUUCGUGCUCCCGCAGACCAUUGAUUACCAUCCCCACUCCACCCCAACCCAACCCAACCCAUUGAUUUAGUACAAAAUUUGAUUUAGCCAUCAUCUCCGAACAUUGAAGCAUCAAUUUCUCAUGCACUAGAUAAGAUUAAAGACGCCCCAGAACUACAGAGAACCAGAAACACUUAGCUGUACGGCAUUACGCGCUUAAGAUCAUAGACUCCUUAAAUAUUCUAUAUGGAAGUUGUAACGCAUAUAGGAAUUACUUUGUACUUUACUUUUAAAUAUUAAAUGAAUAAAAUUUAGUUUCUAUGCUAAAAAGAAACGCAA